GGGCUCCAUCAUCAACGCUAGAGGUCACAAGACAAUGAAAAAAUGCUGUGGCCAAUGCAAUACGGAAAAGGUUCCGGUUUGUAUCAUGUUUCUUUUUGGGCACAAUGAAAACAAUUGGCUUGAGGUUUUCCUGGAUUGGGAUGAAUAACCAGGCGGGAGUUUGAUUUUUUUGAGCAACCGUGAAUUUCAUCGUGACUUUGGACUUUCUCGGAUCAUUUCCUUAUUUUUCUUCAUGUGCCUGACUCGUUUGUAUCAGUAACCGUUUGCAUUUUGCUCCAUUUCAACCCAUGAUCUUCCUACAAGCGGCAGUGCAAUCUUCCAAUUCCAAUGUCCAAUCGGGCUUGGACUUUUGGAUGUUCUUUGUUUACUGCAUCGUCGUCAUCGUCGUCGUCCUCUUCUUCUUAUUCUACUUUAAUCGUGUUGCCGGCCAAAUAUUAACGUGGCUCAUCAACCAAUAUACCUGGCGACGCUAUGGAGCCUACAUUGAAGUCGAUUCCGUGCGUGUGACACUUUUAGGCGCUCGUAUCCUGUUCAAGAACUUUCGAUAUCUUUCAACCAAUCAAUCAAUUUCUAUCGUAAAGGGCCAUAUCGCUAUCCGAUACUGGUUACUCAAUGUGCGAAAUUCCAAAGACGAAAAAACAGGCAAAAAUAACAGCCCACAUCCUUGUCGAGUGGUCUGCCAUGUGGAAGGACUCGAAUGGUUCAUUUACAACAAUGCGCCCGCUUACGAAAGAAUGAAAGAUAUUCUUGGCAUGACCACCACUGCAACCAACCAGUCCACAGGCUCGGACGUUGAACUUAAAGCCCGCCAAACCCAAAGUUGAUCCGGAAAGCCAGACUCCGACGGGUGUGCAGGAUUCGUUGAUGGAACGGCUCAUGCCAAUUCAGUUUGAGUGUACCACCGGCGCGGUAAUCAUUGGUAACAUGGAACUCCGCACCAUGAUCCUCCUCCAGGUCGCGCAAGCCAACGGUAUUUGGAGUACGGUACCUUCACGGAGUAGCAUGGAUUAUUACAAGUCCGUCUUUGAUCUCGUCCUCAGAAAACCGCAACUUAGUCUC